AAGUCUGAGGUAGCAUCAAAUUCUCUGUUUUCGAGUGUUUGUGUUUGUCAACUCUGUUUCUUCGUUCGAAGUUCAAACACAUCGCCGCUUUACUCUCUUCUCCUGUUUUUCACUUCUCAGUUACUUAAUCUAAACAAUGAAGACCGCCAAGGGCAAAGGUGCAGCCGAUGAUAGCGAUUUCCGGAAUGUUAUUCUGAUGGGUCGUAUAUGAACUCUAUCAUUUUCAGAGUGGUUGGAAAGAGGAAAGCGGCUGGAGCUGUUGACCACAGUAGUAAACUAAAAGCUAAGAAGGACAAAAAGGCCAAGAAAGACCCUAACAAACCAAAGAGGGCUCCUAGUGCUUUCUUCGUCUUCCUUGAAGAUUUCCGGAAGACUUUUAAGAAAGAAAAUCCUCAUAUUUCAUCUGUAGCAGCUGUUGGAAAAGCAGGAGGAGCGAAGUGGAAAUCGUUGUCUGCUUCUGAAAAAGCUCCUUAUGAAGAAAAAGCUGCCAAAAAGAAGGACGAGUACAAUAAACUUAUGAAUGCUUAUAUCAGGAAGCAAGAUAGCGCAGCUAAUGAUAAUGAAGAGUCAGAUAGGUCAAAAUCUGAGGUGAAUGAUGAAGACGAUGAAGCAACAGGAGAGGAAGCCCAAGAGGAAGAAGAGGAAGAAGAGGAUGACGAAGAUGAAGACGACUACUAAAUUUGGACGGUUUUAUAUUUGGGCGCUGUGUGAUGUAGGAGAAAAGCCGUUUUCAGUCUUGUAGAUGGCAUAUCAUUAGGAAACCAUUUUCUGCUUCUGGCAAAAGAUUUGAAGCAGAAAAUUAUGUUCCUUGUCUUACUUCCAUCCCAUGAUGCCUUUGUUAGUUACUUGGAUACUAAAUGUGAGCUAUGUCAUGCUUUUUAGCUAAAUACAAAAUCUCUAAUAUCUUUGUUUUUCAAUAGUUUAAGUUGCAAUUUUCUUAA